CUGGCGCGCGGCGUGACCCGGAAGUGCCGGCGGCGCCGCCGUCAUGGCGGCGCGGGCGGCGCUGGAGGUGGCGGCGGCGGCGGCGGCGCGGGACGUGGUUCUGUACGAGCACGACCGCAGCCGCUUCUUCCGCCUCGUGGGGCUCUUCUGCGCGGGGCAGGGCCUCUUCUGGGCCUACCUGGCGCACUUCGCCUUCACGGCGCUGCGCCCCGCUCCCGAUCCCGAUCCCGGUCCCGGUCCUGGUCCUGGUCCCGGUCACGACGACCCGCUGCGACCCCGCGACAACAAGUGGCGCUUUGCGUUCACGGCGUCCUGCCUCACCGUCGGCUCGCUGACGGUGGCGGCGGGCUGGCUGCUGCCGCUGCGCUCGGUGCAGCGGGUGACGCUGCUGCGCGGCGGCGCCGCCGUGGCGCUGAGCACGCCGGGGCCGCUCGGGCUGGGCCGCCGCUCGCUGACGGUGCCGCUCCGGGACGUGUCCGGCCGCGCCCACCGCAGCCAGGCCGCCGCCGCCGUCCCGGUCAAGCUCCGCGGCCGCCCGUUCUUCUUCCUGCUCGACACCGGCGGCAUCCGCGAGCCCCGGCUCUUCGACGUCACCGUGGGAGCCUUCCGCGGCUUCUAGCGGCACCGGGAAUACCGGGGACACCGGAGGGACACCGGGAAUACCGGAGACACCGAGAAUACCGGGGAUCCCGUGGGGAUAACGGGGACACAGCCCUGACAUGGCCACGACACCGGGACACCAUGAGGACACCGGGGGGACACCACGGGGACAUCAAGGACAUCGUGGGGACAAGGCCCCAGCACGGGGACACGGACACGACACGGCGGCGGUGGCACCUCCUGUCCCCCGGUGCCCCGGCCUGGGCCCCGCCCGCUCCCCCGUCACCCCCAGAAUAAAACCUGGACCCCCCCGGUCUCGGGGGGAUUUUGGGGUCACACCGCGA